AUGCAGGCGACUGUAGCUCAUCUCAUGGACCAUGUCACCGACCCAUCCGAUUGGAAAGAGGACUUUACUGUUCUCCGCAACCUCGAUGCUUCUCUUCGUUGCGAUCUUUGCUUUUCGUCAUCCAAGCGGCCUCCAUCUCAGCACAACCGCACCCCCAGUCCACGCAGCCCCAAUCCACGCAGCCCCAGUCGACGCAGCCCCAGUCGACGCAGAUCCAAGCGUAUCAAACCAGACCUUUGCAACUCGCACCCUCUCCCCAUCCAUGACGACCAAGAGCAGGAUCUCAUACAUAACACCGAUCCUCAGCACGAUGCAGAUUCAAGCGCCCUCAGCUCCAGUCCAAGCGCAAGCCUCCAAGAUGCCACUGGGCGAGCCUCGGAUCUGCAACUCAAAGCGGAUCACUUGGUGCAAUGUCCUAUCUGCACCCACAAUUUCACCGUCACCGCUCUCAAUCGUCACCUCGACAGCGCCAACUGCUAUCCCGGCUUUCCCCAACCAUCUCCCCAAGAACGAGGUCUUGCAUCCACCACCACCACCACCACCACCACCACCAAGUCCACCUGCUCUUGGUUCACCCAACCCCGCUGCUCUUCCAUUUCAGCCAGUUCAGAUGCAGCCAACGAAAAGCGACUCGUCCGACCGCAAUACAACCUGAAAUCCGAACGAGAACUUCGCAAGCUCCUCCAAGAUGCUGCCCUACCUACCAACGGUGACAAAGAAAAGAUGGUCCAACGACAUCGACAGUGGGUCAACAUUUGGAAUGCCAACCUCGAUUCUACAAAUGCUAGACGCAGCGCACUACAGCUCAGGCAAGGGUUGGCCGCUUGGGAACGUACCAAAGCUUCCGCAAAAGAUCAUUCUGCCCUUCUUGACCGGCACAAGUCGUCCUGGCUUCAGAAAUCGAACAAGUCUCAAUUCGACCAGCUCAUUCAAAAAGCAAAGAUCGCCACAACCUCCUCAUCCUCCUCCCACACCACGACCCAAUCUCCUCCUCCCACGCCCAACGAAACCUGCCAAGCCAACAGCGAGACAGAUGGACACCUGCUCACCUCAAACCCUGCCCAUCCGUAG